GGUGGUAUAACGGUAAGAAAUUCCGCACCACUAUUAUGAGAAGCUGCUCUGAGCAGGACAUCACAUUCAAUCAACCCAAUUUUGUAAUACCAUCGAUGGGCCAAUAACGUGUUGCUUUCCACUGCUCCUCAUUAUUUAUCUGCUUUAAGAUGCUGUCGUGGUGGGGAAUCGUUUUUUAAAGCCAAUAUUCACUACUACAAAAUAUUCUAACACAUUAUAGUGUUAAAGAAGUUUACGGCCAGCAGUGACGCGAUGCGCUCUUCACAGCUAAUCGUGCUUUUUGCCAUUUUGGCUCAAGCUUUUGCAAGAGUCACAACUGAAUAUCCAGUCGACUAUUCAAAUUUAGACAAAGCUGAGGAGCAGUACACUCUGGAAAAUUUGUUAAAAGAUUCCGACGUUUCGCACAUUGAAAAACUACUUAAUGAACCACACGAAGAAGAGGAAUACACCCUCGAAAAACUGCUGCAAGAUAGUGAUGCGUCUAAGAGUGAACAAGGCGAGGAAGACCCUCAGGAGUACACUCUUGAAAUGCUCCUAGAAGAUUCCGACGAGGUCAAGAGGCAUAUAAGUGAACAAGAAGACGAAAAUAGCAAAACAAGUACUGAGGAAAUCGUGCUCGCCACCGAAGAGGGCCUUCAAAGAUUAACACAGGAUAAUGAUGGUGUUGAGCGAUCAUUUAGCGACCAAACAACAGAGAUUGCUACUGAGGACACCUGCACCACAGGAGAGGUGGAUGCCCUUUUAACAGAACCAAGUAUCCUUGAAUCUGGCAGCACAUAGCGUCACUUGCAUUUAACAUUGACAGUGCAGCAAUGGCUCAAAUCCAUAAAUGUAAAUUUUAAAAAUAUUUGUAAAUUGCUUCAUUGUUUAAAUUAAUAAAAUUUUGAAAUCGCAGUUGCGAUUCUGUUAUUGAUUUCAAUACACAAGAGAUGCUUCGAGUGGGGGGACACAAAGCUUCCGUACCUUGGACUGAUUCAAUUCAAAUUCAAAUUAAUUUUUAUUCCAUUAAUCCGAAAUAUGUACAGGGUCGAUUUUGGAAUGCGUCGAAAUAUACGUCGAAAUUAUGCUAAAAACAAUUAAUGUAAUUAAAGACCCAACCUAUAUACGUGCCAAUUUGAGCAACAUUUGUAA